AUGGAUGGGACGGAGGUAUUCAGUGUUGCUGGCCUCAAGAGAGGAUCUGAUUACGACGGCGACCGAAGCUUGAACUCCCAGGCCAUCAACUUCUUAAAUUCUCAGCACCAACAGUCAUACCAGCGGGUGGUUGACUUCGAUCUUCACGCAGUCUUCUUAAUGCAAGAAUUUCGAGCCGAAGAUACCAUUCAACAAAUAAUUACUAUGAUCGGCACCACUUUCAAUGAAGAAUACCCACCAAAAAACACCCUCCAACAGCAGUUGGUCAAUGCAGCAAAAUUAGUCAACCAAAGGAUCCAAAACUACGAACAGCAACCUCACAUGCAGAAGCCAUUUUGCCUCAGGUUCCCAACUUACAGUGAUGUUCUUAAGCAUUGUAUGGAGUUGCAGGAUAAAUGUGAGGUAUUACCAAAUGAUAAAAUGGUUAUUCUGAUUGAUGAGGGGGGUGUAUGUGUUGGAGUUGGACUUCCUCCAAAGCCCCAAUCCACCCAGAGCAUACAUACCCCUCGAGAUCCGCUUUCGGCUGGAGCUGCAGACAAAACAAUCAAGUUUGCCACCAAUAGCAUCAAGAAAAUCGACCUACAAGGCCACGGGGACCAUUGGAAAUCCGAUCCUAAGCCCAAUCUUCCAGAACCACUCAGAUCUGACCCUGGUCCUACAAUGCGAGGCCUGGUGGAACUUCGACAUGACAUGGUCUUCUACCAUAGGAUAUCUUACUGGAUAAAUAAAGUAUUUUUACCAGAUGCAUCUUCCAUUGCAGAAAGCGCAGUGAAGUACUUGGAAAAGAAGGCAUCAACCGCGGUGAAAGAGUCUAUUCAGGUAGAAAAAAAUAUAAUCAUUGCAGCCCGAACCAUCACAGUCAAUACCCAUCCAAACACACAUAGAGACCGAAACAAUGCCCUGUUGAUGGAUAGUGUAUUCUUCUUUGGAAAUCAUAUCGGUGGACAUUUCCUUCUCCCUGGGCUUGGUGUUGCAUAUCCAGGCUUGCACGGCUAUUCCUUUCACGGUCCAUUUCGCAUUCUCUUCCAUGGUGUUUCCCAGUUCCACUUCACAGAAGACAUUACAGACCCAAGACGAUAUUCAGUUGCCAUGUGGAGCCGAGCCUCCUCUUUUUCUGAAAUUGCUCGAUUUUCCGCACAUGACAAUGGAAAUGAGAAGUUUAGCGAUGAUAAAUAUUGGCUCCCACUUUAUCCUGAAUACAACCCUAAAAUUACUUCAGAUCUUCUCAAAGCUGAAGUGAAAAUUGCCAAGAAAGAAGCCAAGAAAGAAUCCAAAAAGAGACAAAAAACCGAAAACUAG